AUGUUGGAUUUGGGAGCGUCUCCAGACUAUAAGGACCGGCAGAGCUUGACUCCACUCUACCAUACAGUGACUGUAGGGGGAGACCCGAGCUGCUGUGAGGUCCUACUGCGUGCCCAUGCCAGCGUGGGAUGCCAUGAUGAGAACGGCUGGCAUGAGAUCCACCAGGCUUGUCGAUACGGCCACAUCCAGCACCUGGAGCAUCUUUUGUUCUAUGGAGCUGACACGCAUGUGGAAAAUGCAUCUGGGAAUACGGCUCUCCAUAUCUGCGCUCUGUACAAACAGGAAAAGUGUGCCAGGGUUCUUCUGGUUCGCGGAGCCAACAAAGACGUCAAGAACUACCGAGGACAAACGCCCUUUCAGGUGGCAAUAAUUGCUGGAAAUUUUGAGCUUGCGGAAAUCAUAAAGAAUCACAAAGACGCUGAUAUUGUGCCUUUCCGGGAGGCACCGGCAGGCACGGGUCGGAGCAGGCCACCGCAGCACCAGGGUAGGAGCACUCUCGCCGCCCCACGUGUGCUGCUCCGUUCCAACAGCGACAACAACCUGAACGUCAACAAGCUACCGCUGGACCGCUCUCGCUCGCCUUCUCCUGCCGCUUCCCCCCUGCGCAGCCUCUCGCCCCGCCACCCCCAGCAGAUGCAGAACAGCCCCAAUGGCACGGUGAAGACCAUGGCCCGGGGGGGACGCUCCGCAAGAAGUCGUUCCCCUUCCCUGGGCCGUCUGGGGGAGGGAGACACACGGAGACAGACCCCUCAGCGCCACUGCAGUCCCCGUGCCAACAGGGAUGUCUACUCUGGCAUGGACACUCCAGGGUCCAAACGCAAGCUGUACAGUGCUGUUCCAGGAAGACACUACGUGGUGGUCAAGUCUUACCAACCACAGGGCGAGGGAGAAAUCGCUUUGUAUAAGAACGACAGGGUCAAAGUUCUCAGUAUUGGGGAAGGAGGAUUCUGGGAAGGCAGUGCCCGAGGGAAUGUAGGCUGGUUCCCAGCAGAAUGUGUGGAAGAGAUCCCAAGCAAACCCAACGAGGACAGGCCAUAUGCCCGGGCAGACCGAUCAGAGAGAAGGAAGCUCUUUCGACACUACACUGUGGGGUCUUAUGACAGUUUUGAUGCAUCAAGUGACUGCGUUAUCAACGAAAAGACGGUCGUGCUGCAGAAGAAGGAUAACGAGGGAUUCGGGUUCGUGCUGAGAGGGGCGAAAGCGGAUACUCCCAUUGAGGAGUUCACUCCGACCCCGGCGUUCCCUGCCUUGCAGUAUCUGGAGUCUGUGGAUGAGGGAGGGGUGGCAUGGAAAGCUGGCUUGCGGACUGGAGACUUCCUCAUCGAGAGGAGCUUAGAAACGCAGGAGAUGAGCACUCCUGGAAAAAGCUUUUGA